AUGGUGAUUACGACCGUGGGCACGAGCAGAUACAGAAUGCCUUUGAUGAAGGCCACCCUAGAUCUAGAGACAUAUGGCCGAGACACGUUGGCGUCAUGAGAUGCCAAACCGAUCUCCCAGCUUGUCAGAGGUCGAUUGCCGAGCAAAGCAAAGACCCAUUGAAGUCGCGGCCAGAGAUUGGAAGGAUAUGGUUCUUUGACGACAUUGCCCAGAUCCUGCCUGUGCUCGUUCGCCUCGCUUUGAAGGUCAAUCACCAGUCUUCUGAAGUCUUUCCUAGGAUCCUUGAAUACCAGGAAGAAGAAGCUCCACCAUACCGUAUCAACACUGAUGACGUCUACACCUCUCAUCGCAAUCCAAGCAUGAAUGGUCGAGCCAAGGAUGACCGGCAUUGCAAGGAUCGCGAGACCAUUAUGAGAGAUAAUAGAUGGCGGGACCAGGAGGCAUAUCGGAAGCAGGAGCUGAGGGACGAAGUACGAAAUGCUUUGUGGUCCAGGGACGAUGGUGUUUACGAGCUCCAGAUAGGCUGGGAAGAAGGAGGUCUGAAAAGCGUGCCAGCUGCUGAACGAGAACAUCGACCUAGCUGUAAGCCCUGGAUCCGAUGUUUGCCCGUGGAUUUGAUCAGUCUAGCGGUAUGAUCAAGAUGAUUCUUCUCGUAUCGUCCGACGUCCAUGACGCUGACGGUCUGACUCCACGAACGCUGUUUCCGGCAUCCGGCAGCAAGGUCUCCAGACGAUGCCGAGCAGAAUCAUCCGUACAAUAAAUUCAAUCCUUCA